GCCCGGUCCAGGCUGCAAGCGCCCGCCGGCGGCUUCCGCUCUCGGCGCAGGCGCGGCAGCUCGGCCGGAGAGCGGCGGGGGUCGGGCGAGGAGCGGACACCGGUGGCCAGGAUGGUGCUGGAGAGCGUGGCCCGCAUCGUGAAGGUGCAGCUCCCCGCGUAUCUUAAGCGGCUCCCAGUCCCCGAGAGCAUUACCGGGUUCGCCCAGCUCACAGUUUCAGAAUGGCUUCGAUUAUUGCCUUUCCUUGGUGUACUUGCACUACUUGGCUACCUUGCGGUUCGUCCAUUUCUCCCGAAGAAAAAGCAACAGAAGGAUAGCUUGAUUAAUCUUAAAAUACAAAAGGAAAAUCCCAAAGUGGUGAAUGAGAUAAACAUUGAAGAUUUGUGUCUUACUAAAGCAGCUUAUUGUAGGUGUUGGCGUUCUAAGACGUUUCCUGCCUGUGAUGGUUCACAUAAUAAACACAAUGAAUUGACAGGAGAUAAUGUGGGUCCACUAAUACUGAAGAAGAAGGAAGUAUAAUAGUAAUGAAUUUGAAUGGAAUUCAGUUGUGUGCUGUAAAAACUUAUAACAGUAUUUUUCCAUUCUUUGUUUAUAAAAGAUCUUUCAAAUGGUGGUCUUAAUUAUUGCUACUGGUUGAAUAAUUAUUUCUGCCAAUUUAUUUUCUUGUUACACUACUGUUUAUAUUUGAUACUUUGUAUAUUCAAACAAUCAUUUAUAUAAAAAUUAAAUUGUGCAACCCUUUCAUUCUGCCUUCAAAGAAUUAAUGUAUCUUCCUACAAUAAAACCAACAUUUAAAAAUUUUAAUUGAGAAAGCUUUUGGCAGUGAGUCCAAAGCUGUUCGUUUGAAUGUCAAUAUUUUCAAAAGAAACUGUACUUUAAAAAUUUCUCUCGGGGGCUUCCCUGGUGGCUCAGUGGUUGAGAGUCCGCCUGCCGAUGCAGGGGACGCGGGUUCGUGCCCCGGUCCGGGAAGAUCCCACAUGCUGCUGAGCCUGCGCGUCCGGAGCCUGUGCUCCGCAACGGGAGAGGCCACAACAGUGAGAGACCCGCAUAACGCAAAAAAAAAAAUUUCUCUCUACAUUAUUAAAUAUAUUAUUUUUUAGUGCUCUUCUGUUUUGAUCAUUUGAAGUGAUUUUUCCCCUUUUGGUCUUCCAUAUUCCAUGCUUUUUAGAUCAAUAAGAAAAUUAUUGCUGUCAAGAAUUGCUCGAGUUUUCAAAGAGAAACUCUUUACUUUAUAAAUAUUGUUCUCUAUAAAUAUGAAUAUCCCAAUUUCAGAAAAGACAGGAACUGGGUAUAAAAAGUUUCAACAAGGAACAAUUAUUUACAUUAUAAAAGACUUGUUUACUUUAUAAAAGACUUGUUUGUGUCUGUUUAUAUGUGUGUAUGUCUGACUCAGUGACAGGGUGGGGUGGCAAGAACACAGCUAAACCUCGUGAGCUGCUGCAGUUUGAAGGUCAAUUAAAAAUAAAGUAAAUCUGAAUUUAUCUUAAGAUGAUAACAGUUCAGUGUUCAAAACUGAGUCUAUAUGAACAUUUUUCUCUUUAUUCAGUGUAUACCAAUCAAACAUAAAAUACAAAAGGCUUGCAAAAUAAACUUACUGGAGAAUCUUUAAAA